UAAACCUGUGUGAGCAAACACUUCCACUUUGCCUUGACAUCUACAGUGACAGCAUCGGCUACUCAGACAACAACCCAUUCAGAGGCUGACAAUGGCAACCUACCAUGCGGAAGUGACCACAGGAUCCAUGAUCUAUGCAGGCACAACAGGCCAUGUCUUUAUCACCCUCAUUGGCACAGAGGGGGAGAGUGAGAGAAUCAGACUGAACAACUUUGGGCGAUUUACUACCGAAACCACUUGGACCUUUACGGUGUCUACCCCCUUCACACUCGGGAGCCUACUCCUCGUCAAACUGGAGAAGAAGCAGUAUCUUCCUUGCGAGAAUGAAUGGUUCUGCUCCAAAGUUCAUGUGACAACACCUGGAAAUGAUGUAGUCCAUUUCCCAUGUUACAGUUGGCUGUCUAAUGGGGAGGAGAUUGAGCUGAGAGCUGGGAAAGCCAAAAAAGCCUUUGAGGAAGAGCACCCUUUACUAAUCAGCCACAGGAAGAAGGAACUGGAGAGGCUUAAGCAGCUCUACCAAUGGAAGCCAUUUAUGGAGGGUCUCCCAGACAUUAUUAAUGCAGAGGAUGCUCUUGACCUUCCAGCGGAGAUCAGAUUCUCCUUCACCAAAAGUUCAGAGAUUCUCUUCACAAGAACGGAAAUUCUGGCUACACUCAGUCUGAAGGGGCUGAUCAAAGACACCAGUCAGUGGGAUAGGCUGGGGGACAUCAAAAAAGCGUUCAGACGCCACAAGACUCCCAUUUCAGAGUACAUACAAGAUCACUGGAUGGAGGAUGAUUUUUUUGGCUACCAGCUCCUGAAUGGCUACAACCCCAUGGCCAUCCAACGUUGCAACCAGCUGCCUUGCAAAUUCGCUGUGACUGAUGAGAUGGUGAAGCCUUUCCUGGAGAGAGGGAGCUCCCUCACCACUGAGAUGCAGAAGGGCAACAUUUUUCUGUGUGACUUCAGGCGAAUUGCAGGAUUGCCUGCGCCAAUCAUCAAUGGCAAGCAGCAGUACAUUGCUGCUCCACUCUGCUUGCUCUAUAAGAACCCAGAGGACAAACUGCUGCCCAUCGCUAUUCAGCUAAACCAGGAGCCUUCACAGGACAACCCAGUCUUCCUGCCCAGCGACUCUGAGUAUGACUGGCUGCUGGCCAAAACGUAUCUGAGGAAUGCAGACUUCCAUGAGCAUCAGACCAAUUCUCACUAUUUGCGCACACAUGGACUGUCCGAGGCUUUCAUUGUGUCCACACUGAGAAAUCUGCCCAGGCCACAUCCCAUGUACAAGUUGCUGAUCCCACACACCCGAUACACUCUACAAAUCAACACCACAGGUCGGGUCAAACUCUUUGGACCUGAAGGCAUAUACACUAAGGCCACUAACCUUGGAGGCCAGGGCCAGUUUGAUAUCAUGAAGAGGUGGUUCUCUGAGGUGACCUACAGCUCCCUCUGCCUGCCGGAGGACAUCCGUGCACGAGGCCUGGAGUCCAUUCCCAACUUCUACUACAGAGAUGAUGGCCUCAAACUCUGGGAGAUCCUCAACAGGUAUGUGCGCAGCAUGGUGGAGCUCUACUACCCCUCUGACCUACAGGUCCAACAGGAUUCGGAGCUCCAAAACUGGAUUAAGGACAUCUUCAUCCAUGGGUUUCUUGGACAAGCAAGAACAGGAAUUCCAGAUCAUUUCUGUGCGGUUGAAGAAGUUACCAAGUUUAUCACCAUGGUGAUCUUCGACAUGUCAGCUCAGCACUCUGCCGUCAACGGAGGACAGUUUGACUAUGGUGGCUGGCUCCCCAACUCCCCCAACUCAAUGCAGAGGCCAGCCCCCACCACUAAGGGGCACUCUACAGAGCGGACCCUCCUGGAGACACUGCCUGACAUCAGUACCUCUGUCAAUGGUGCCGUCUUCCGGUGGUUGCUCAGCAGUAGAUCAACUGACUUUAUUCCACUUGGCUGUUUCCCUGAUGAGCACUUCUGUGAGGACGCCCCCCUGAGGAUCAUAAAACAACUGCAGUCAGAGUUGGCCCUUCUGACUCAGCAGAUCAGAGAGAGAAACAAAUCUCUUGCUGUACCGUAUCUCUACCUCUGUCCAACAGAGAUGGAAAACAGUGCAAGCAUGUAAGAGAAAGUCCACAGCAUCUUUCAGCCCCUUGAAGAGCCUUCCUGGCUAAAGGGUGAAUAAUAUUUAAAUUUGAGUGCCUAAGGUUUGUGGAGAUAUAAACUCCUUCUUUUGUUCUUCAGUCCUUGAGCAGUAUGAGUUAAGUAAAGUAAAGUAUUCUCCAUACCUUUUUGACUCUUCUGAUCAGUACGAAACUGUUAAUGAUUGAUAUGACAAUAGCAAUUAUAAAUUGUGAAUCUAAAAGAAUGUAAUACAAUAAUGUUAUGAACUAUUGGACUAUAUCACAAUUAUGUUUAUUAUAUGUAUUGUGUUUAUUAUGUUCAUUGUUGGUAAUGACAAAGUAGAGGAACAACACACUGAUUUUUUUGCAGAAAUAUUUGACAUUUUGGAAACAUUUCUUUCAUUUGGUCUAUGUAUUGUAUCUGAAAAGAACUGAACUAAGGCAUGCUUCCACCUGGAAACUUUAGUGUCAGAGAUGUUUUGAGGAAUGCCCUUGUAAAAAAAAAAAUGUUGGAUGUCUUAAAAUAUAAAAAGCUGUAGGUUACCUGAUAAAGUACAGCCUACUUAACCAGGCCUCGGGUAAAUGACUCUCUGUGUAUGAGUGUGUGCACACGUGUGCGCAUGGUACUGUUUGGUGUGGCUUGAUUUGCUGGAUGGGAGCAUAAUUAAAAUAAAACUGCAUUCAUGCAGUAUGACUGUG